AUGUUUCAACCGACAUUGGGAUCUUUACCAGAAUUAAAUUUAAACAUUGUAAAAUUAUGGAUACCAUUAGUUUUAUUAUUUGUGACGAUGCUCAUGUCAAGUCUAUUAGCAUUGAUGUAUGUAAGUGUACCAACUUUAAUUGUGAUACGGAACUUAACAACUCUAUGCGUUGCGAUUCUCGAGUAUUUCUUCCUAAGCAACAAGAUUGAUGGAUUUUCGACUGCUUCUUUGCUUGGAAUGCUAUUAGGUGCAAUGUUGUACUCAAAGCAUGACCUAACUUUCAGUAUUCGAGGCUACGCAUUGCUAGGUGUAAACAUUGUAGGAACAAGCUCAUACCAAAUAUAUAUGAAAAAACUCAUUCGUUUACCUAUUUUCGAGAACAUGGGAUCCAUUGGUAUGUCGUAUUAUAAUAAUUUGAUUUCUUUACCUGUACUCGUAAUAUGUGCCGGUACUAUGGGAGAGUUCUCAAACUUUGAUUUGAAAAAAAUACUCCAAAUACAACUAAUUGGUUUAAUUUUAUUUUCUGGCAUAAUUGGAUUUUCGUUAAGUGUGUCUGCAUUCGCACUUAACAAACUCAUCUCUGCAACGUCUAUGAUGGUUGCCAAUAAUGCAAAUAAAUUUUCUUUAAUAAUUCUCAGCGAAAUAUUCGUUCAAUCCACACUCGAUGUUUCGGCUUCAAUCGGCGCAAUAUCGGUUUUACUUCUUGGAUGCUUGUAUUCCCAAGCAGCGAAACCUCUAUCAACAAAGCUUCUCAUUAUAAUUAUCAUUAUUUUCACCACGGGCAGUGCUGUUCUCGAGUAUAGAAAUAUUAAUAUUAAUAUGAUGCAUAUUGUUUAG